AUGGCCGAAAUAUUUGUAUAUGACAUUGCUGAAUCAUUGCUAAGGAAGCUUGCAUCUUAUGUUUAUGAAGAAGCUUCUCGAGCCUAUAAUCUGCAUGAGGACGUGCAAGGGAUCAAAGACACUUUGUCGAUUUUGAAAGGUGUGCUCUUGGAUGCUGAGGAGAAGAAGGAGCAGAAACAUGGGUUGUGCGAAUGGCUCAGGCAGAUUCAAAACGUAUGCUUAGAUGCCGAAGAUGUGUUGGAUGGAUUUGAGUGCCAAAGCUUGAGAAAGCAAGUUGUCAUAGCUUCAGGAAGCAACAGGGUGAAGGUAGGACACUUCUUUUCUUCAUCAAAUUCUCUUGUUUUUCGUCUUCGAAUGGCUCGUCAAAUAAAAUAUAUUCGGCAUAGAUUGGAUAAGAUAGCUACUGAUGGGAAUAAGUUUUGUCUUGAGAGGAUUGAUCUUGACCAUAGACUUGUGAAAAGGAGAGAAAUGACUUAUUCCCACGUUGAUGCCUCAGGUGUUUUCGGAAGGGAACAGGAUAAAGAAGAAAUUAUCAAGCUUUUGAUGCAGCCUCACCCUCACGGUGAUGGUUAUGGGGAUAAAAGUGUGUGUGUUAUUCCCAUAGUGGGUAUUGGAGGGUUGGGGAAGACCACACUUGCAAAGUUGGUGUUCAAUGAUAGGAGGAUGGAUGAACUUUUCCAAAUAAAGAUGUGGGUGUGUAUCUCUGAUGACUUUGACAUUAGGCAGUUAAUUGUUAAAAUCAUCAACUCUGCUUCGGCUUCUUCUUCUUCAACUCCUACUAUUUCUAUUCCUCACCAAGAAAGCAUUAAUAACUUAGAUAUUGAGCAUUUACAAAGUCAUCUAAGACAGAAGCUUUCUGCUCAGAAGUAUUUACUAGUGUUAGAUGAUAUGUGGAAUGAUGAUCGCGCAAAAUGGAUAGAGUUGAAAGAUUUGAUAAAGGUUGGUGCAGUGGGAAGCAAAAUUGUAGUGACAACACGAAGUAACUCAAUCGCUUCAAUGAUUGGCACUGUUCCCUCAUAUUCUUUAGAAGGCCUUUCCACGAAGGAUUGUUUAUCUCUGUUUGUCAAAUGGGCAUUUAAUGAAGGGGAAGAAAGAAGACAUCCAAAUCUAGUGAAGAUGGGAGAAGAAAUUGUGAAAAAAUGUAAAGGAGUUCCAUUAGCAGUGCGUACUUUAGGAAGUUCCCUUUUCUUAAACUUUGAUUCAGAAAGGUGGGAAUUCAUAAGAGACCAUGGGAUAUGGAGUUUAAAACAAAAAAAAGAUGAUAUUUUACCAGCUCUUAAGUUGAGCUAUGAUCAAAUGCCAUCAUAUUUGAAGCAGUGUUUUGCUUACUUUUCCCUUUUUCCUAAAGAUUAUGGUUUUGCUGGUGCCCAAAUUUCUAGUCUUUGGGUAGUACAUGGAUUAUUAGGAUCUCCAGCUGGAAGUCAAAAUCCAGAAAAUGUUGCAAGGCAAUAUAUAGGCGAGUUACAUUCAAGAUCAUUUCUUGAGGAUUUUGAGGACUUUGGACACUAUUACUAUUUCAAAGUACACGAUUUGGUACAUGAUCUUGCAUUGUACGUGGCCAAAGAGGACUUUCUAGUGGUCAAGUCCCAUACUCACUAUAUACCUGAGAAUGUGAGACACUUCUCAGUUCUUGAAUAUGAUUCACUCAGCUAUGCUUUGUUCCCCAAGUCCAGAAGUGUGAGAAGUAUACUGUUUCCCAUCCAUGGAAUAGGUGUUGACAGUGAAGCUCUCUUGGAAACAUGGCUAACAAGAUACAGAUACUUAAGAAUUUUAGAUUUAAGUGAUUCCUCUAUUGAGUUAUCUGAUUCAAUUGCUAAAUUGGAGCAUCUGCGAGCUCUCAGUCUUGUGAAUAACCGCAAAAUAAGAAGACUUCCUCGUUCUUUUUGCAAACUCCAAAACUUGCAAAUCUUGUCACUAAGAGGAUGCAUGGAGCUUGAGACAUUGCCUAAGGGAUUAGGGAUGUUAAUCAGCCUUCGAAAAUUGUAUAUAACCACGAAACAAUCUACUCUCUCUGAGGAUGAAUUUGCAAGCUUGACCAAUCUUCAAACUCUGAGUUUUGAAUAUUGUGAGAAAUUGAAGUUUUUGUUCAGACGGGUGCAACUGACUUCACUAGAAGUUUUGACUGUCCAAUCAUGUAGAAGCCUGGAGUCCUUACCUCUUUGUAUUGUCCCUAAGCUGGAGGUUCUGUGUGUAAUACGCUGCCAGAUGCUAAAUCUGUCCCAGAGCUAUACUAACCCAAUGCACAGAUUGAGAAUGAAAUUCCUGCAUCUUGAGCAUUGUCCAAAGCUACAAACAUUGCCUCAGUGGAUUGAAGGAGCCGUUGACACUUUGCAGACAAUGUUAAUCUUAAAUUGUCAUAAUCUUAAGAUGCUUCCAGAGUGGUUGACAACAAUGGCACGUCUUAAGAAGCUGCAUAUUGUUAACUGUUCUCAACUGUUGAAUCUUCCUAGUGACAUGCAUAACCUCACUGAUCUUGAAGAUUUGAGCUUAGAUGGUUGUCCUGAGUUGUGUCAAAAAUGUGAUUCAGAAUCUGGUGAGUACUGGCCCUUCAUCACUCAUGUCAAACGUGUUUCCAUUGGAGAAACAAGAGAAGGACAACUCCUUUCUCAAAUGCAGUCGCAAUUGCGAUUGAGGUUGCAAGAUGAGUAA